UCUUUUUUCUUGAUGUUUCUUAGGUGAUUAGGCGUUUCCAUCUCUGCGUAAAUUAAGAUAUUCUGAAAGAUAUUCUGAUUUUGGACACUUCGAUGGGAAAGUAACGCUUAUUGAGAGAAAAUGACGGAAAAGAUAACGCUAGCUGAUGCGCUGUCCAAUGUGGAGGUGCUGGAUGAGCUGUCGCUGCCCGAUGAGCAACCAUGUAUAGAGGCCCAGCCCUGCUCCAUUAUCUACAAAGCAAACUUUGAUACAAACUUUGAGGACCGCAAUGGAUUUGUUACUGGAAUUGCCAAGUACAUCGAGGAGGCCACGACGCACGCCAAUUUGAAUGUAUUGCUUGAUGAGGGUCAAAAACAUGCUGUCAUGUUGUACACUUGGCGUUGCUGUUCGCGGGCUAUCCCACAGCCCAAGUCAAACGAGCAACCAAAUAGAGUGGAGAUCUAUGAAAAAACUGUGGAAGUCUUGGCUCCGGAAGUAAACAAACUAUUGAACUUUAUGUACUUUCAACGGAAAGCCAUUGAAGCGUUCUCGGGAGAGGUGAAACGUCUUUGUCAUGCCGAGAAGCGCAAGGAUUUUGUCUCAGAAGCUUACCUUCUCACGUUGGGCAAAUUCAUCAACAUGUUUGCCGUACUCGACGAACUAAAAAACAUGAAGUCGAGUGUAAAAAACGACUACUCAACUUAUAGGAGAGCUGCGCAAUUUCUUAAGGUAAUGUCCGAUUCGCAUACGUUGCAGGAGUCGCAGAAUCUUUCCAUGUUUCUGGCUACUCAGAACAAGAUUCGCGACACUGUGAAGGACACACUGGAGAAGAUUGUGGGGUACGAGGACUUGCUCUCAGAUGUAGUCAAUAUUUGUGUCCACAUGUUCGAAACAAAGAUGUACUUGACUCCGGAGGAGAAGCACAUGCUGGUCAAGGUUAUGGGCUUUGGCCUCUUUUUAAUGGACAGUGAUGCAUGCAAUAUCAAUAAGUUGGAUCAGAAGAAAAAGAUUCGUUUGGAUCGAAUCGAUCGUAUUUUCAAGAAUCUGGAGGUGGUUCCAUUGUUUGGUGAUAUGCAAAUUGCUCCCUUUAACUAUAUAAAGAGGAGUAAGCAUUUCGAUUCAAGCAAGUGGCCAUUGUCCAGCUCGAAUGCAAUAAGCCCCCAAGCAGAUUUGAUGGUACAUCUGCCUCAGAUACGUGAGGAUCAUGUCAAGUACAUAUCGGAACUGGCUCGCUACACCAACGAAGUGACUACCACCGUCAAGGAGAAUCCUUCAGAUGCAGAGAACAGGAUAACAUCGGACUUGGCUUUACGUGGUCUGCAAUUGUUAUCGGAAUGGACCAGUGUGGUCACCGAACUUUACUCAUGGAAGCUGCUCCAUCCCACGGACCAUCAUCAAAACAAGGAAUGCCCCGUGGAAGCAGAAGAGUACGAGCGGGCUACUCGAUACAACUACACUUCAGAGGAGAAAUUUGCCCUUAUCGAGGUUAUUGCUAUGAUCAAGGGCCUGCAAGUUUUGAUGGCUCGCAUCGAAACUGUGCUAUGCGAAGCCAUUCGGCGCAACAUCUACUCCGAGUUGCAGGACUUUGUUCAGCUUUCUCUGCGCGAACCCCUGCGCAAAGCUGUAAAGAACAAGAAGGAUUUGAUUCGCAGUAUUAUCAUGUCUGUGAGAGAGACUUCCGCUGACUGGCAAAAGGGCUUCGAGCCUAGCGACGAUCCAGUGGCCAAGGGGAAAAAAGAUCCUGAUGGCGGUUUUCGUAUACAUGUGCCUCGUCUGAAUGUGGGUCCCUCUUCCACUCAGUUGUACAUGGUACGCACUAUGCUGGAGUCCUUGAUUGCUGACAAGAGUGGCGGAAAACGUACAUUGCGAAAGGACAUUGACGGCAAUUGUCUCAUGCAGAUCGACACGUUUCAUAAAACAUCGUUCUACUGGAGCUACUUGCUCAAUUUCAGCGAUACAUUACAGAAAUGCUGCGACCUUUCACAGCUUUGGUAUCGCGAAUUCUAUCUGGAAAUGACAAUGGGAAGGAAGGUAAAUAAAUGCAUGGUUAGGCAUCAGCACAACGAGGAGUGUAAAGAUCUAAUCACCAUGGAGAAGCGAAUUCAAUUUCCCAUCGAGAUGUCUAUGCCAUGGAUUCUCACCGAUCACAUUCUACAGACAAAGGAACCAUCCAUGAUGGAAUUUGUUUUAUAUCCCUUGGACUUAUACAACGAUUCGGCCCAUUAUGCUCUUACCGUCUUCCGCAAGCAAUUCCUCUACGAUGAGGUUGAGGCCGAGGUUAAUUUAUGCUUUGAUCAAUUCGUAUACAAGUUGAGUGAGCAAAUCUUUGCCCACUACAAGCAAUUGGCAGGCAGCAUUUUCCUGGACAAACGUUUUCGUCUUGAGUGCGAGGUAUUGGGCUUUAACUUCCAAUCGUAUCCGCGUAACAAUCGCUACGAGACUCUGUUAAAGCAACGACAUGUUCAAUUACUUGGCCGAUCUAUUGACUUGAACAAACUGAUCACCCAACGUAUUAAUGCCAAUAUGCAUAAAAGCAUUGAAUUGGCAAUAAGUCGCUUUGAAGGCAACGACAUCACUGGAAUUGUGGAAUUGGAGGGCCUUUUGGAGGCGAAUCGCAUUUGUCACAAAUUGUUGAGUAAAUAUCUUGCCUUGGAUAAUUUUGAUGGCAUGGUCAAGGAGGCUAAUCACAAUGUUUUGGCGCCGUAUGGACGCAUCACACUGCAUGUGUUUGUGGAACUGAACUAUGAUUUCUUGGUCAACUAUUGCUACAAUGCAGCCACAAAUCGUUUUAUACGCACCAAAGUCAAUCUGUCGUCAUCGCAGGCGAUUCAGCGCGAGAAGCCACCACAAAUGGCCCAUUAUUAUUUAUGGGGUUCCAAGCAGCUAAAUGCCGCCUAUUCUACGCAAUAUGGCCAAUACACAGGAUUUGUGGGAGCCCCACAUUUCCAUGCGAUGUGCCGUCUGCUUGGCUAUCAGGGCAUUGCCGUGGUCAUGGACAUUAUACUCAAGGAUAUUGUAAAGCCUCUGAUUCAGGGCUCAUUGCUACAGUUCACCAAAACGCUAAUGAUUGCCAUGCCCAAGUCUUGCAAGUUGCCGCGAUGCGAAUACGGAUCGCCCGGCGUUCUGAGCUAUUAUCAAGCCCAUCUUACCGACAUUGUGCAAUAUCCGGAUACCAAAACGGAACUUUUCCAGUCAUUCAGAGAGUUUGGCAACUGCAUUAUUUUUUGCCUUUUAAUUGAGCAGGCCUUAUCACAGGAGGAGGUGUGCGAUCUCUUGCAUGCAGCACUCUUUCAAAACAUUUUCCCUAGGCCAUUCUGCAAAGAAAAUGAAAAACCCGAGGCAAAACAGAAGCGCCUGGAGGCGCAAUUCGCCAAUUUGCAAAUUGUCUCAAAUGUGGAAAAGAUAGGCACUGCCAAGCAAGCAAUGAUUGCCCGUGAAGGUGAUCUCUUGACACGGGAGCGUCUCUGUUGCGGGUUAAGCAUCUUUGAGGUCAUAUUGAAUCGUGUCAAGAGCUAUCUGGAUGAUCCCGUGUGGUGUGGUCCUCCUCCCGCCAAUGGCAUACUUCAUGUAGACGAAUGUUCCGAGUUUCAUCGUUUGUGGUCAGCCUUACAGUUUGUUUAUUGCAUUCCCGUGCGGGGCACAGAAUAUACCAUUGAGGAAUUAUUUGGCGAGGGUCUCAACUGGGCCGGUUGCGUAAUGAUUGUCCUGCUGGGACAACAGCGACGUUUUGAGGCCCUAGACUUUUGCUACCACAUACUGAGAGUUCAGCGUGUCGACGGCAAAGACGAGGAUGUCAAAGGGAUUCAAUUAAAACGAAUGGUGGAUCGCAUUCGUCGCUUCCAAGUAUUAAAUUCACAAAUAUUUUCCAUUCUCAAUAAAUAUCUGAAAGGUGGUGAUGGCGAGGGCUCAAAUGUGGAGCACGUACGCUGCUUUCCACCGCCACAGCAUCCGUCAGUUAUAUCCUCCUCAUCGCACUACCAAGAUCCGCAAAAGCUGCGCCAGAGCAUGAAUAAUUAAAGCCAGACACACACAGAUGGCAUUGAUGAUGCAUUUAAGCCAAUCAUAGAUGAAUAAGUAAUAAUUAACCAUAAUUACGGUUUACAAUACCUUUUAUUGAAUCCACAAAUGGCGGAAUCGCUUCAUUCUUUUAUUAUUAUCCUGACAACAUAAUCUAACUUUGUUUAUUUGGCAAAGUGUCGAAAUUCGAUUUUAAUAUAAUUCUCCGUUAUUGGUUUUUUUUCGGUAUUAUGUAUUCUGCAAGCAAUUAUAUAUCGUACAUAGAUAUUAAUAUUAAUUCCCAACUAUGGCAUUACAUUUAUCUCUAUAUGAACUAUAUUGUACCAAAUAAUGGUAUUGUAAGAAUCCUACGAUAUUAUGUUUGGCCUGCUUAUACUUCUUAAUCUUAUGUUUUGCUCCAUGAUUUGAGAAUCAAAUUAGCCAAAGAAUUGACAGCACACGGCAAAAACACACAAAACAAAAAAACAAAUAAUACAAAAACGAAUUGGCUUUAAAUACAAUAAAUCAAAGUAUUACAAAAUAGAAGCAGCAAACUAAACAACAAUUUAUAUACGAAUAUAAUAGUGGAAGAUGCGAAGAGGGGCAUUGGACAAAACCCUCUUCCCCCAAUAAUAGACAUUACAAGCACUUAAUACAAUGAAUUUUAUCGAAUAAACAUUUUCAUACGUAUUGUAUUUCUAACAAACCCCAGAAAAAUCA